AUGUGCUGUAAUGGGGGAAAAGUCUCUCUUCCCCGAGUAAAUGCUCCUCAGGAAUUGUUUGAAAUCUUCUUGGACCCCUCUGCAGAAGGAAACCAUUUUAGAAAACAUAUUCGUGGAUACAAUCAUGUAUUUUCCUUCACUUCGUGUGGUGUGCACAUAGACGAACAACUGGCUAUAACAGGUCGUGGUAUAUAUACAUUUCGUGCUCAAGGCUCAAUAUAUCACAGUAUAGGAGGAUUUCAUCCGGAUCAGGGCACGCGGCCACGCUUUUUGCAACUGUGCAUAUAUGAUACUGAUCACGAGUUGCAGAAUAGGAUGCUGGAGAACACACAACUACAUGAAACAUUAGUUUUCAAGUUACAACAAUUGCUACACCGGUAUAAUCCUUUUCUCCAUGUGUUUCGCCAGCUUGCACAACGGUCAGAUGUACAUGAGUGUAGUUUGGUCAUUAGAGAGCGACCUGCUAAUCAGCCACAAUAUAGUCUUCCAACUGCGUCGCAGGUAGCAGCCAUAAUUGUUGGUGAUGACGUUGAAACAAUGAUUCGUGGUCAAAGUGGCGGCAAAGUAUCGUGCCGAACAUAUAAUAGUUAUAUGCUUCAGAUCCGCCCCGAUGAUCAUUCCACCGUAUUGCAAGCAGGACGACUACUACAACAAUAUGUUGUUGAUAACUAUGUGAAAAUUGAAACUGGAAAGUUAAGAUGGGUUCGAAAUAGACAGAAGAAAUUACGGGCUGAAUUAUACCAAGGUUUACAAGAUGCUUUGCACACAGGAGAAACUAAUGCAGAAAAUGUUGGAAGAAAAAGAACAAUAUUACCAUCGUCGUUCAUUGGUAGCCGUCGCGACAUGACCAAACGAUAUGAAGAUGGAAUGGCGAUUGUUCUUAAAGAGGGAAAGCCAGAUAUUUUUCUCACAAUGACAUGCAAUCCAUCUUGGACUGAAAUAACUUCAGAACUCAACCCAGUUCAAACUCCACAAGAUCGUCCAGAUCUAACAACAAGAAUUUUUCGAGCCAAAUUUGAACAGCUGAAAGAGGAUGUAAUUACUAAGGGUGUCUUGGGAAAGGUGAAGAGCUAUAUUUAUGUCACUGAGUUUCAAAAAAGAGGGUUGCCACAUGUACAUAUGUUGCUAAUCUUAGAAAACAAUGACAAGUUAAUUGACCCGGAGCAUUAUGAUAGUUUGGUACGUGCAGAGAUACCAUCUAAAGAAGUAGAACCACACCUACAUGAUGCUGUGCUAAAACAUAUGAUUCAUGGUCCUUGCGGUACACUUGAUCAAUCUUCACCCUGCAUGAAAAAUGGCAAAUGUAAACGCAACUACCCAAAAGAGUUCGCAGCAGAAACACGAAGAGGUGACGACUCAUAUCCGCAAUAUAGGCGACGAUUCGACACUCCAGUACAAAUUAACCAAAAUGUCACGGUUGACAAUAGAUGGGUAGUUCCGUACAACCCUUGGCUACUACUAAAGUAUGAUUGCCAUAUUAAUGUUGAGAUAUGUAGUAGCAUCAAGAGUAUAAAGUAUCUCUACAAAUAUUGCUACAAGGGUCCAGACCGGGUUGCAAUGGAAGUUCACAAUAGUUCUAAUGUUGACGAGGUCCAACAGUUUGUUGAUGCAAGAUGGAUUACUGCUCCAGAGGCAUGUUGGAGAAUAUUUAAAUUUAACCUUUACCGAAUGUAUCCAUCAGUGAAAAGGUUACAAAUUCAUUUGCCAAAUCAACAUCAAGUGAGCUUCUAUGAUCACCAAACCAUUCCUGAAAUACUUAAUGAUGAUUAUUUCUCUAGAACAAUGCUCACUGAGUUCUUUGCUCUAAAUCGUGAGGAGGACCAACAAUCUAGGCAUCUUCUGUACAAAAAAAUUCCAGAGUAUUACACUUGGCACAACAAGGAAAAGGAAUGGCGUCGGUGCAAGACACAGAGGAGAUCCACCGGUAGAAUUUAUACUGUAUCACCUUCAGAAGGAGAAAAAUUCUAUUUGCGUAUUCUGUUAUCUAAUGUCAGAGGACCAAUCAGUUGGGAUGACCUGCUAACAGUGAAUGGGAUCCAAUAUUCGUCCUUCAAGCAAUCUGCUCAACAUCGAGGAUUGUUAGAGAGUGACAGUAGCAUCCGUGAAUGUUUGGUUGAGGGUUCUGUUUUACGAUUGCCAUGUGCUUUACGAAGGUUGUUUGCAACCAUCUUAAUAUUUUGUGAGCCUACAGAUGUAAGAAGCUUAUGGGAUGAAUUUUUUUCAUAUAUGGUGGAUGAUUAUUCGUCAACCAGAGCCACAACAGCCUUAGUGUUCACAAAUCGGCUACUCAGGGAUAUAAAUGAUAUACUCCUUCAGCACGGAAAACAGAUUACACAAUACGAUUUGCCAGCUCUAACUCAUGAAAAUGACAAUGACAACUCGAUACCCAGAGUUAUCCAAGAAGAACUGUCUGUCGAAGUACCCCGGGAAGACCUGUGUUCCGUAACAAGAUUGAACAAUGACCAGUCUAAAGCUUUCAAGUGCAUUAUGAAUACAAUUGAUCGAAGAGAAAGUGGAGUGUUCUUUGUUGAUGGGCCAGGAGGAUCAGGCAAAACAUUUCUUUACAGAGCUAUAAUUGCAGAAUUGAGAAAUAAGGGUCAUAUUGUCUUGGUAACUGCAUCAUCAGGAAUAGCCGCAACAUUAUUGCCUGGGGGUCGAACAGCUCAUUCUAGGUUUAAGAUCCCAAUUAAUGCAGAACCAUCAUCCAUUUGCAACAUAAGCAAACAAUCACAUCUUGCAAAGCUGAUUAGACAAACAACAGCAAUCAUCUGGGAUGAAGCACCUAUGGCAAAUAAAGAAUCGGUGCAAUCAUUAGACCGCACUCUGAGAGAUAUAUUAGCAAACGAUAUGCCAUUUGGAGGAAAAGUGAUGGUGAUGGGAGGAGAUUUCCGCCAAGUACUGCCUAUGGUACCGAAAGGUAGUAAGUCACAAAUGAUUUCAGCUUCUAUAGUUAAGUCUCAAUUAUGGGCUUCCACUAAAAUUCUCCAUUUGCGACAAAAUAUGCGAUCUUCUAAUGAUCAUGUUUUUGCUGAGUAUCUUAUGCGCAUUGGUGAUGGAAUUGAACCCACCAUACAUGAAGACUUUGUACGGAUACAAGCAAAUAUGGCAAUUCCGUGGGAGGGUGAAACAUCGUUACACAAGUUAAUAGAAGAAAUAUUUCUAAACUUACAAUCUCAUGGGUGGGACGCUUCUUACAUGGUAGAAAGGGCAAUAUUGACGCCAAAAAAUCAUGAUGUGCAACAGCUUAAUGAUAUAAUUAUCAACUAGUUUCCAGGAGAAGAACGAAAUUUAGUCUCAUUUGAUGAAGUAGAAGGAGAUGCUAAUAAUUUAUAUCAACAAGAAUAUCUUAACUCAGUUUCUACAGGCGGGUUGCCACCUCAUGUGUUGAAGGUAAAAAGAGGUGCACCUUUGAUGUUAUUGAGAAACAUAGACCCUAAGGCCGGCUUAUGCAAUGGUACAAGGUUACUAUGUCGUGGAACUUUUCAAAACAUGUUGGACGUAGAAAUUUUAACCGGUCAUCACUGUGGAAGAAGAGCUUUCUUACCUCGAAUAAAACACAAAACAAUAGAAAAUUCAAGACUGCCAUUUAUACUUAUCCGGAAGCAAUUUCCUGUAAGGUUGAGUUUUGCAAUAACAAUAAACAAAUCACAAGGACAGACAAUUCCUAAAGCAGGCAUCUAUCUCCCUAAACAUGUAUUUAGCCAUGGCCAAUUAUAUGUUGUUCUGUCUCGAAGUAUUUCUCAGUCAACUACAAAAAUUUUAGUCAAAGAAGGAAAAAUAGAUGGAACACGUGGUGAAUUUACCAGAAAUGUAGUUUUCAAAGAAAUAUUGUUACCUUCCCCACAGGUUCAUUCCCUUCAAAUUUAUUCUAUUGGCUGGGGAGGAACGGUUAAAACAGACAAGACCCAAUUUUGGAAGAUGAUAAAAAAGGAAAUACUGCUCCAACAACAUACAAGCAACAAACUCAUAGGAGCGGAAUCAACUGAUGUUAGUAAAGAACAACAUUGCAGAUAG